UUGAAUUUACCGGUGUUUUGGUACUGAUGUGUGAAUGAUGUCUUACUGGUAAAAAGACAAAACGUCACUGCGUGUGUGAAGAACAUAUUUUAUAUUUACUUGUAAAUUCAUUCUGGUAAAUUCAUGGCAAUUUACCGUAAUUACUGUGUGAAAGAGGCUAAUAGCAUACUGAACAUACCUGGGAGGCUGAAUAGGCUAAAUUAACACGACAAGUUCAAAAUCAAGUUCAAAAAGGUCCCAAAGUCAUUCUGCAUCACUGAAUCUAUUGAAUUGCAUAAAUACAGGAGCAGCAUAAAGCGAACUCUCACGGCUGUAGACGGUAAUGGUUUCUCUUGGUUUAUGAAUAAAUUUUGACGGAUAAGUUGCACCUGACUAUAAGUCACAGGACCAGCCAAACUAUGAAGAAAGGGUGACUUAUAGUCAUGAAAAUACGGUGAGCCGUAGCAAAGAUUUCUGUAUAUUCCGUUUUUUUUAAGGGCUUUUUUACUGUGUACCAAAUGUUAAAAAUAGUGCAGGCAUUUAUGAUUAAAAUUGAUAUUAAGAUAUAAAUUAUAAUAGCACAGUGGACAAUGCAACAAGCUUUUUAUGUAAGGGAUAAUGUACAGGCAGCAGAAAUAAGACCCGAACGAUGAUGAUGAUCAGGACCCGACGCUCAGAGGGAGGGUCUUGUAUUACACUGAAGGGGUUUAUUUCACAAUAACUACAUGCUGUCUGUAGUACAUUAUCUUGCUAAUAACACCGCUAUUUACCUCACAAGUAAGGAGCAUUAAAUAUUGAUUUGAAAUAUUUUAAUUGCUAAUUUUUAACAAAUGCAGACCUUGCACGAGGAAAAUAACAUUCAAAUGUCACGAACACACUAUUAUUCUUGAAUCUUUUGUAAACAUAAUGUCAUAUAUGUUAUUAAAAACAUAUUUAUAUUUAAUCUUUGUGAAAUAUGAAACCGUACCUGUCCAAAUGAUUUGAAGCCGUAUGUUGUUAGCUUAGAGCGGCAGUGUUGCCAACUAUUUACAAUGGAAAGUAGCUAAAGCUUGCUUGAAAAGUUGCUAAAUGUCACUAGAUUACAUCAUUAGCUUAACAGUGACAUCAUCACGUCAUAUUUGCAUUCUUACUACAUUGGGCCUUCAAUUCUGUUUCAUGUUUCUCUUAUAUCUGGACUGUCACAAAUAGCAUUUUAUUACAAACAGUCCAGUUUUAAAACCUAUAAGAAGCAAGCUGAUAAAUGAUUGGAAACGUUGUUUUGUAUGUACGCAUCUCAUUAAUGUGUUCGCUUUGUCUGUUCUGAAUGUGCUGCUGCUCAGCUCUCUCAAAUACAUUUAUUUUGUACAGUGAUUUAUUUUAUUCAAAGGGCAUUUUACAUUUACAUCCCGCCCUGAAUGUAAGCCAUCGCUGGAUCAACUAGCUCCAGCUUCACAUGCACGAUGGACUGCUGCGCAGACAAGAGUUGGCUGCAUGGCAAGAUCAUGGUGAGGACAUAUAAGAGAAAGACCAACAGAGCGAGCACGACUCCGCAUACAAUGCUGAAGGCUGUCAGACAGGUGCUGUUGUUUAAGAAGACCAUACGAGCUGCAGCUGAGGAGUUUGGGAUCAAUUAUCGCACCCUCGCUCGCUAUUGUACCAAAAUUCCACGGGAAGAGGUGGAGGGAGACGCCGAACAUCCGAGCUGCGCCGUGGGCUUCAUCGGUGCCAGACAAGUGUUUAGUGCAGAACUAGAGAUGGAACUGGUCUCCAACAUUUUAACAGCAACCGAUAUUUAUUAUGCGCUGCCCCCUAAGGCCAUCAGAAAAUUGUCCUACCAGUUGGCAAAGAGGCACCAGCUACAAAUGCCGGCAUCGUGGAGGGAAAAUAAACAAGCGAGCGCGGAUUGGUUUGCCGCUUUUACAAAGAGACAUCCCUCGUUGUCCAUCAGAUCACCCGAACCAAUGAGUGUGCCGAAGGCGAGGCCCUGCACUACACGUCACGUUGAGAUGUUUUACAGCAAGCUGAAGGAGAUCAUGGAACGACACCGCUUUAAGCCGGAGGAUGUGUGGAACGUGGAGGAAAUUGGCGUCACAACCGCUCAAAGGGCCGAUCGCGUGGUGAUUAGGAAAGCGCUGGUGCCGCUGGGACCCGUGUCAUCCGCUGACCGGGGGCCGCUCGUGAGCGUGGCCUGUGUCGUUUCUGCGUCAGGGAACACGAUACCGCCGUAUUUCGUUUUCCCGAGAGUUCAAUUCAGGGAGCACUUUCUGAACGGCUCGCCUGUCGGGAGCUCGGGUGGAGCCAAUCUUAACGGCUGGAUGAGGGAGGAACAGUUCGUCCAUUUCCUGCAGCAUUUCACUCGACAAACCAAACGCUCCCCGGAGAGACCCGGUCUCCUGCUCCUCGACAGUCACUUAUCCUACUUGUCCAUCGAGGGGCUGAGUUUUGCAAAAUCGAACGGUAUCGUAAUGCUCUCCUUCCCCCCACACUGUUCUCGGCAUCUGCAGCCUUUGGAGCGCUCCGUUUACAGCCCAUUUAAGAAAUUCGUCAACGCAGCUAUCGACAGCUGGAUGCUCGGAAGCCCGGGGAGAAGCGUUACAAUUCAUCAUGUUCCAGGAAUCGUUGCCACCGCGCUGCCCCUGUCUGCCACCCCAGCAAACAUUAUGGAGGGGUUUAAAGCCUGUGGAAUUUACCCUCUCAACCCAAACAUUGUUCAUGAAUCAGAGUUUGCUUUAAGUUGUCUUACAGACUGUAACUCUGGCACUUCUGCGUCCAAUGGUUCGGCACAUAAUUACGUCGACUACAUCGGUGACACUCCUGAGUGUCCAUCUUCAGACCGACACACAGCACACGGUGACCUUCGGCCCAAACCAGAUGAACUUCACUCUUACCAGAGACUGAAGACCUCUGAGCAGGACAGUGGACAUCUUGACUGGCUCUCAUGAGCUGGACAGAUACAGGACACAAAAUCACAUUAGCUUGUCCUAUACUCAAACACAAUAUUCGUCUCUUUGUUAUUAUUUGAUAUAUUAUUAUAAUUAUACACUUCAUUAACUGCUGCUGCUUCUGUUAGUCAAAUCCAGUGGAGGCCAGUGACUUCUUUUUCGAGGGCGCACAAUGUGAAGCACAAUAUAUUUAGCCCAUCGUGUGAACCUAUGUGCAUCACGUGUCAUGUCAAAAUACAUGCCUGCUGCAGACGCUUCAAAGUGGUUUAUGCCAGAUACUCGCUUUAUCUCAUGUGUACUCAGUUUAGUGUUAAAUUCGUGUCUUCUGAGUAUUUUGUGAACGUGAGCGUCUCUUUUAUUGUGAACCCUUUCCACGUGUCUGUAGCGGGCAUGUAUUUUUGUUAUGAUGCAUGAGGCACAUGGUUCACAUGACGCAAUGAACACAUAUUUUGGGCUGACGAGCCACACAAACGACACAAACACAUAUUUUGAAUUCGUGCCCCUCGAAAAAGAAGUCACCGGUCGCCACUGGUCAAAUCAAAUCGUUCAGUAUUUUUCUGUUUGCCGUUUUUGCCUAAAGUCAUUAAAUAUGAGACAUUUUAAACAGACAUUUUGUUUAAGAUGACUUUGUUUUUGAAUUAGUUAACAUUUUUGAAAUUAAUAAAGUUAUAAACAACAGGUUUACCAAACAAAGCUGAGGUUAAGAGGAGAUGAAGGACUUAAGAGAGCGGGAACAUAAGGUUACGUGCUUAACUGAGACACAUUCAUCACGAAGUGGAUCAGUUUUAGAUGAUGGAGUGUAUUUCAGAUCUCUUGGUAAACUCACUGAACGAGCUGAAGAAAGCUCAGCUGAAAAAGUUUCAGUGGCAUCUGAAGAAUUAUGGUAUUUUAGCUGCUGAGCUGGAGGAUGCAAAUGUCUUAGAUACAGUAGAUAAAAUGUUUGGAGCGUUAUGGACCAGAAAAAUCUGUGGAGACCACACAGGACAUCCUGAAGAAGAUGAACCAGAACCAUCAGGCUGAACUGCUGGAGAAAAAAGUGCAGAUACGCUCUGGAAAAGCAACAUUUACUUAAUUGCCUAAUAAGUUGUGAGCAAUUGAUAAUGUCAAUAAAUACAAAUUCAGUCUUAUAUCA